AUGUAUAUAUAGAUACCGAAUUUAAAAGGCGCUGCUUGAGCAACGCGCAUGUGUAUACAUACAUGUGCAUACACAUACAAGCAAAUUCGCUUUAUAUUUAAAGAUUGUUAUCGCUACUCCGUUACAACAUUUUUCUGUUACACAUAUGGAUGUGACAUUGAAUAAGUAUGUUCCAUUUAAAAAUACGUAUUAAAAUAGUAUCAACAGUCGGAGAUAAUGUGUGUCAAUUUUUUUAAUUGGAAAGAUUGUGAGAAUCCUUUUUUCUAAAUAAACACAAAAAAUUCAUAGGAAAUUUAAAAAUUUGAUUAUAAAGUAUACAAAUUUUGAAUACGAUAUAGAUUCUGUAAAAGCAUAGUUCAGUUAUGCUUAAAGGUUAUAUGAUAACUGCGUUCCUGAUUGCAGUUACAUAUUCAUCUUUUCCAUACACAAAUGAACGUAAAUAUAUCUGUGAUGCUGAUGGUUGUAAAAUAUUAACAAAUAACUUGAAUAAUAAUAUCUCAUCUAUAAGAUAUUGUACAAGCGAAGAUAUUUCCACUGAUGUUAAUUUUUCAAUAAUAGAAAAUAAAAAUGAAGCUUCUGAAUCUCCUGCUAUUAUACAGAUUAAUCUUAAACCACCAAAAAGUAUAUGUAAAUAUGUAUUAACUUUGUUAACUAAUGCAUCAACUAGUGAAGAAAAGUGUGUCAAUUAUAAAUUUCACAACUCUUAUGGAAGUGAAACUCAUACUAGGAGUACCAUAUGGUUUGUUUCAGAUAAACAGUAUCAGAACACUAUUGGAAUUUUUGUUCCAUAUAUAUUUACCGCAUGUUAUUCUGUUCAAUUUUCUUUUAAUAAGGAUGUAAAGAUGUUAAAACAUAAUAAAUUCAUAAAAACUAAAUAUAAACGAACAGAAAUCAUGACACCAAUAUUUGAAUGUACAUAUGACUAUAAUAUUGAUAAAAAAAUGGGACUUCUUGAGGUACUCCUUUAUAAACCUAUGGUUACAGCUGGAGUAAUAAGGUUGGGAAAACUUUGGUAUGAUUCAUCUGGAAAUGAAAGCUGUCCUUUUAAUAAGAAAGAAUUUCCUAAUGCUGUUUGGAGCUUCGAUGUUUUGGACAGUUAUUUAGGAGAUAAAAAUUAUAACUUUAAUACAACUUUGUUAACAAAUGAAAUAUAUAAUAGAAAUUUGACAUUUCAAACUGAAAUUUCACAAAAGGUAAAUUAUUGUGUUUCAAUAUUUUUAUAUCGUGAUAUAAGAUGUCAAGAAUACACUUUAUGGGAACCACCUGACAUAUGUUCUUGGUAUCAAAGUUGUCAAGAUAUUACUAUUUCAACUUUUGGUGUACCAACUAAAAUUAAUUCUGAUACAACUUCUUAUUCGUACCUGCCAAUUACUAUUAUUACAUUAACUAUAUUUACAAUUAUUGGAAUUAUGUAUCUCAUCUAUAUCAUACAUAUUUAUAGUAUGCAAGGAAAAAGCUUUCAUAGAAAUAUUUUCAAUGGAAAUGUUCUUAAAACCAAUGAAACUAAAUAUAAAAAAAAAGAAAAAUUUAAAGACGCCAAUGUUAAAAAUACAGAUAUUAUAUUGCUAUAUCCUAAGGGUUCUGAAUCGUUUAUGGCAUUGAUGGCAGAUUUUCGCGGACUACUUAGCCAUGUUUGCCGGUGUGUUGUACACGAUUGGUAUGAUGGCAUGCAAUGGAAUUAUGUAGCCGAGGUCGGUGCUUUUGAUUGGUUUGCAGAAAUGCUCCAUAAAGAAUGCCGCGUUGUUUGGGUAGAUACUCCAAUAAUGCGUGCAUUAAUCACACAAAGAUUUAACAAUAGUUUAUCUGUUAAAAAUUUAGAACAGUAUAGUUUCAUAAAUAUUGGUGAUUUCCGUGACGCAGUAUUUCCUACAGUAUUUAAUUUAUCUAAACGUAAUAUCGGAAAAUCGACAUUACAAGAGCCUAAACAUUUUAUUGUACGGUUAAAAGAAUUUGACAAUUUUGAAAACGAUAAUGAUCCUUUUGUUGAUUUGUCUCCGCAUAUGAGAUACUUUAUACCUCAGGAUUUAAACUUGCUCUGUUCUGAUUUGUCAGCAGUGGACUUAAAUAUUAUUGUGCCAUUCACAGGCCAAGAAGAUCUUAUAAAACAACAUUUACAUUAUGUAAAAUUAGAUUUUUAUAAAUAAAUAUUUCAAUUAUUUAUAACUUUUUA